AUGACUGACGUCAAGAAACUCUCGUUUGCCAAGGUCCUUGCCUCGGCACCCACAGAAGAAAAUUCGAUAUCAUCUCCCACUAGAGACGCCGCCUCGAAUACUGGGAGGGAGGAUCAGUUGCCGACAUCGCCCAAAAUCUCAGGUCAGAGUGUGGCAGGAAACCCGGUCGUGGCUAAUGGCGCCGAUACGGUUGACAAGCUAGCGAAGAUGGGUGCUGCCGAACCUCUUGAACAGGACAGACUUGUUGAUGGACUGGAAAAUCUGAAGAUUGAGUCGUCUGCUCCGAGCCUCGUGGUCAACGGCAUCAAUUCCGGCUCAACUGGACCGUCCUCGAAGGCCCAAAGCCCUUCGGACGAAGCUUCGCAGAAGGCAGAUUCCAGCUCGGAGCUGGGUACAAAGCCUCCUAGCCUCGAUGGCAAGAGCAUCACUUCAGGCACGACUUUCAACGCGUUGGACGAAAAGGAAUCACUUCGACCUGACGACAGCGCAAGCGUGAUGGCAGCUGAGCAAGAUGAUGAUGUCUUCUCCAUCAGGGGCUCUCUCAUUGCCGGCUCUCGCAUGGGCUCUGAGGUAGCUGCUCGUGUCUACCGGAUCCAGCUCGGCGACAUGCCUCCACGCAGCAUUGCCCCCCAGCAUGUCAUUGUCGAGUCUGGCAACCGUGCAGCCACGGCACCGCAGACUGUAUCUCUGGAGCAACAACCCGUUACUGAUGCAAAAAUUGCCCUUGUUGGUGCUACGUCUGCACCCAAUGGGAUGUAUGGACAGAACCCCGACGAGAAGCUCCUUGAGGCAAUGCAAUCACCGAAGGACCGGUUUUUCCUGUUGAAGUUGGAAGAAAUGGUGAUAGAGUUUGUACAGGAUUCGAAAGAACCUUUCAUGGACUUGCCUCCAUCCAAUUCUUUCUGCAGGAUGUUGACCCACAAGCUGGCUGAUUACUAUCAUAUGACACAUUCCUUCGAGGCUGGUGCUGGAGCAGUCCGCAUCUUCAGAACCCCUUUCUGUAGGGUGCCUCCCUCACUGGCCAGCAUAGCACAGAACGCCUCUGCUGCAAGCACUCCUCCGCCAAUCGUGAUGCCCAAGAAGAUAAUGCGACGUGGAGAAGAAGGGGAGUUCGGCUCAGGAAGUGCUGGACCCUCGAAGCCAACCUCGGAAUCCGGAAGUGACUCCAAGGACAAGCAAGCUGCAAAAGAAAAGAUGUCGAGAGAGGAGAGGGAAGAAGCUUACAACAAGGCACGGGAGAGAAUCUUCGGUACAGCUUCCACAGAUGUCUCCACUCCAGAGAAUGACGAUAGCACUGGUGUAUCUCGUGCUAGCUCUGUAUCUGUGCGAGACAAAAUUACCGGUGCAAAGAAGGCGAAGAAGAGGCGGGACUCGGAUACCUUUGACACCCGGUCCAACUAUAUCGCUUAUGCUCCAGCCUACGGACACCCUCACCAGGCCACUUGGGCUCAGCCGCACUACAUGCCAGCAGGUGCGCAGCUCAAUGGCUCAGUACAGCAACAGGCUUAUCCCCCUGCGGUUCCAAACAUGUACGGUGUUCCGAGUCAGCAAUUCCCUCCCAUGAUGCCGGGCAAUGGUUAUGGCCCGCCGUACAACAACAUGUCAAACUACGCCCAGCCGCCCGGCCCACCGCGUUAUCAGCCUCCCGUCGUGAACCAGAUGCCUCCGGCACCUUACGGACCGCCUAUGCAGGGCCCACCUCAACCGCAGAACGGGUGGCAGCAGCCUCCCAGCUUCAACUCAAGCCCUUACCAAUCUCGGGCCACGCCUGUGGCUCCAAAUGGGAUCCCCUACGCUUAUGGCGCCCUCCCAGUCAACGCCAACCCCAGCGAUCCAAAGAGCCAGCAUCCUAUCCCGGGCAGUUUCAACCGUCAUGCCUUCAACCCCAAGACGCAGUCUUUUGUACCAGGCAACGGGAUGGGGCCAAUGCAGCCGCCCCCCGGCCCGUACAGUGGUUAUGGGCCACCUCAACAGGGCAGCCCUCAGAUCACGCCUCCUCACCUUCACUACUCUAACUACCAGGCUGGCCCGCCCAUGGGCCAGCCUCCCUACGGCAACGCGAAUGGCUACAACAUGAUGCGACAGGGAUCUAACAACUCCCUCCCUCCGUAUCAUGCCCCGCCACCCAACGUGCAGCACCCGCCUCACGUCCCUCACGUCCCUCACCAGCUGCCCCCGCAUCCACCUGCCCAGGGACCGCCUCACAUACCCAGCAAGCCCUCUUUGCCACAGGGCCUGCCUAUGGCCCACGGCCAACCAUAUAGCAACCUGCCAACCUAUGGCAAUCCUGCGACACUGCCGCAGAAACCCACUACCUAG